AAAAUAACAUUGAAGACUGGUGAUGGCCCCUUAGUUACUGAACUAGACGUGCAUAUCACAUGUGACGACAGAGAUUCAAGGUUACACAGAACCUGGAUUUAGAAGUCCUUUAUUUCGCCUGAAGGUGCUUCCUUAAAAAAAUUUCGCGAAGCACGCGUUGUUUAACCUGACCUAAGAAUUAAUUGCUGGCCUUCAAAUUAUUCUUUUAGCUCCUGCUUUGGGAAAAAAGGCGAAAAAAAAUCUUCGUAUCGUUUCCCUCAUUCCAUGCACAGAGAUCUGAAAAUAAACAUUAUCAUUAGUAUGUACUGUUCUGGAAAAGUCUUCAGCUUCACUUGGCAUUAGGAAGGGCAUCAGGCCAUAAAAAUUCUGUCAAAGCUGACAGUGGAGCUUGAUGUAGUCCUAUGGCUCGCCAGCUCCUGUCAAAUCGUCCAACUCAUGCCAGCAUGGAAAACUGACGUUAAUUGAUGGUCGUAGUGAUACCCAGAGAAUUCUGACAAAUCUGGAAUGUUGGUUCUGACAGUGCCGGAGCCUGUGGCUCAGCUGGCCUGAUGACGUCUGACCGAGGAAAUAGUGGUGGAGCUGAGCUGCAACUUGCACCAUCUUCGGUCACUCAGAAGAGCGCUGGAUUAAACCCUAAUGCAACUGUGUUUUUAAGUAAACAACAGGACAUUCAUCAGUGGGAUGAUAUUAGUACUGACGGAAACUUCCACUUUGCAAAUGGUGACAUAAACAAGCUAGAGACUGGUGGUGGGUUAUUCUCUACAGUCGCUACUGCAGCUGAAUCCCCACUACAAGCUACAUCUGCAGAGUUUACAGCCACACCCGGAACACUGACAACCUCACCUACAGUGCCAGCAGCAGAUCAGAGUAGUAAUUCUGGUUCUGCAGCUGCUAGUAGUGGGACAAUAAUUGGGACCACUGGAAUUGCAGCAACCAGUAAUCCAAUUAUAUAUUCUACAACUGAAACUGUUGCCUUGCAAGAUGACAGUAAAACUCAGCUUGAUGGGACUCUGUCUGAAGAGCAGAUCCGUCGGUUGCUCAAGACACAAUUGGAGUACUAUUUCUCAAGAGAAAACUUGACAUCUGAUACAUAUUUAAUGUCACAAAUGGAUGCUGACCAGUAUGUGGCUAUAUCGGCUGUUGCAAAUUUCAGUCAGGUUCAGCGAUUGACAAAUAAUCACGACCUGGUUGUGGAUGUUCUUCGAGAGUGUCAGAAUGUACAAGUUGAUGAUAAAGGUGAAAAGGUGCGGCCUAAUCACAACAGAUGUAUUGUGAUACUACGCGAAAUUCCAGCAUCUACUCCCGUUCAAGAUGUUGAAACUCUAUUUUCCGGUAGCAAUUGCCCCAAAUUCGUUAGCUGUGAAUUUGCGCACAAUGAUAAUUGGUAUGUGACUUUUGACUCUGAUGAAGAUGCUCAAAGAGCCUAUCAAUAUCUACGUGAAGAAGUAAAGUCUUUUCUUGGAAAACCAAUAAUGGCUCGAAUAAAAGCUAAACCCUUAAUACGGUCAACAUAUGUACCGAGAAAUGGGUUAAAACCGCAGUUUGAACAGCAAGCUUACAAUUCAACACAAAGAUAUGCUGCAUAUGUACCAAAUUUAAAUUUUCAGCAAUUAUAUUAUCCUGUCAUGCCUUCUUGGCCACCAGCUGGUCACACCAUAAUGGAUCCUAGCAUGGUAUUUGCAAUGAAUGGAUACCAAGCAACAGGUGUCAAACUAAACACUCCUGGUAGACAUCAAUUUCCAAAUAUGCGUGUUGGUCGUACUGCAAAGCCAAAUCGUCUUAAUCAAGAGAGAGCCAGUAGCGAUAGUCGGUUACCUCAUGAUCGUCACCAGAAUCCAAAUGCUCAUCGGUCCAGUCCAAGGAGUACAGAAAAUACCCAUGUGACACCACCUUUGUUUCCCAACCGGAAAGGUGUUGACAAUUGUCAUCACAGUCAUACAGCCCACCAUCAUCAUUCUAGCACAACCGGGGGUAGUGCUACAACUACUACUACUACUACUCACUCAUCUACCAAUGUAGACUCCAGUUCUUCAAUGCCUAUCAGCCACUUAUCAGAUUCUAGUAAAGAUUCUACAGCCCCACAACCACAGAGGAAAAUUUAUAAAAACCGGAGAAAAAGAGAGGACGAUAAUUCUAAAUUAUCUCGCCAAACCUCAUCACAAUUAUCUACCAAUAACAAAUUUACCGAGCCAUUAUUUGAAUUUGAGUCUAAUUCGUUCCCACCAUUACCAGGAUCACAAAAUAAUGCAGCAUCAGGAGAAAAAUUUGAGAAUAAAUUGUCAGAUGUAGUGCGGGGUACUGCUAAGCCAUUGGUUAAAGAAUCUGUGAUCACUGCUCCUAUGGUGACUGCCACAUCUUCCCCUGGUACCACCAAUACCAAUAAUGCAGUUGUUGUAUCUUCACUGAAUACUGUUGCUGAAGUAGCUAUUUCAAACCAGCUUCCAGCACAAUCACCGGUAAACAAAGAUACAUCUUCUGCAGUUGCAGCUCCUCUGUUGACACCAGCUACUGCUGUCAGCUGCACUACUACUCUGACUGUUGCUCCAGCUGUCACCCCAACAUUGCCAUUAAGUGCUUCAGUCUCAACUCCAUCAACCUGUAUUUCAACACCUCCUGUACCUGCCGCUAUUAGCCAGCCUAUUGCUCCAACAAAGAUUACUUCUUCAAAUGCAAGUGCAACCACUAAGCUAAAUACUGGAAUUUAUGCAGACAAUGCAAAGUCUUCAGAGCCUCAUGCAAAUUCUCUCAUGCAAUCAGCUGGAUGUGCUCCACAUCUAUCUGCUACUGCUGCCUCCACAACUCUUACGACUGCUGUUACUGCAAAUCUGAAAGAAUCCAGCAUGGGAGCUGUUCCUCCCACUCUGCCAGCCCACAAUAAUGCCCCGAGCAACACGCCUCCAUGUUUGCCGCCGUCGUCUUUACCGUCAACAUCAUUAAGCCAUAGUGUAGCAGUUUCAUCUCAGCAGGGUCACCAUAGAGCUGCACAGUCUUCUACUCUACCUGUUAUGACCACUAGUGCACCCGCUACCUCUUCUGGUUCUCCUAGUGCAGGGAGUGUGGCUAGUGCCACAGUAAUUGCUACAAAUACACAAACUACAAAACUUGUAUCUACUGAGGAAAAGUCGACAUCAAGAUUGAGUUAUGCACAGAUGGUUGCACGGAAACGUGAACCUAGUUCAGAAGUUGCUACUACGUCCAUUGGAUCUUCAGACAAGAACACAAGUUGUGUAUCUCAAGUGUCACAUCAAAUGUCACAACAGCAAUCCCCUAAUGACUCUGUUUGUAAAACAACAAACAAUAAUCUUAUGCAACAAACUGGUUCUGCAGGAACACUCCGUAGUCAAGCCCUUAAAGAACAAUCUCAAGCCUCUGCUCAUUCACAGCUUUCACCUAAAGAACUCUUGCGUAAAGACUUGGAACCAAAGGAGCAGCGAUUCUUUCCCGGAAGAAGGCCAGCAAAAGAGAACCGUGAACGCCAGAGGAGAAAAACAGACCGAGAGAGGACUUCAAAAUGAUAUUAGUGUUAAACAAGAUUCAGUUGAUUGCCCUUUCUCAGUAUAUAACCCUACUUCUUUCCAGUUCCUAAUCCAGUUACAGUUGAAAUGUUUUAUCUCUCUUGAGAGAUAUGUUUAUUUUAUUCUUUUAUUUACAGAGCUAUCUGCCUGUCUAUUUCUUUAGCCUCAACAUCCUUGUCCUUAUUAUUCCUGAAGAUUUCCAAUUUACUUGGUCCAGGUUCCUGGAAAUUAAACUGCUGGAUCAAUGGAGUAGUGAGAUGGUUUAAAACUUCUAGUUUCUCUGUGGAUACAUUAACUAUAGAAUAAUGAGUCAAUGAUAUUUCAUUUUAAAUAUCUGUUAAAUGAUAAGGAAA